UGCUGGGUGAUGGAUGAAGUACUACUGCAAAUAAAAUAAAAUAGAAUCAGAGGAUAUUUACAAUAUAAAGUAGACUUUGAAAUAUAAACAUAUGAAGUAUACAAAUGUACAUUUAUGGGGGCAGAUGAGAGGUAAAAUAAAAGUACUGUACAAGAUCAGGGCUGUGGAUUAUUUCUGAUGGUGUGUAACUGAUAAAUGAGUUUAGCAGCAGCUGAUGGGUGUCUGUCUUCCCCCAGUAACAUCCUCUGCAGCUCUUUAGUCCGCUGAUAAACCCACUAAAGAAAGAAAGAGCUCACGUGUGAUGUGUUUGUGUAUCCUCAGUGUUUUUCCUCUCUUGAGUGUUUUAUUGAGUGUAAACAGAGUCUUGUCUCUGUGUAUUUUAGUGUUGAUGAUGAGAUGGAUGUGAUGUGCUGUAAAUCAGGAUCUGAUCAGGGCUUACAGGAUGAGGAAUCUACUGAUCAAACCUCCACAGAGUCUCUGGAUUCUGUCUGGAACGCUGGAGAACAGCAGCAGAUCCUGCAGACCAAACUCAAGAUGUGUUUAGUCAAACUCAUGGACAGUGGGAACCAAACGGAGAUUAGAACAGAAGCCACAGCAGAUGAAAAUGAAGACAAACAUAAUUAUGGUAAUGAUUUUAUUCUCUCAGAUGUGAAGAGUGAGUUAUGUUUGGAUGAAGAAAUAACGUCCUCGACUCUUUCCUGCAUCACCGGUGGAGAGACACUGAGCUCACAGAGACAUUUAGAGAGAAAACACACAGAACAGAAACUCUGCACCAGAUCUAAGAUCAGCUUUACUACCUUACAAGAGAAUAAACUUCAUUCAGAAGAACACAGAGAGAAGAAGAAGAAGAAGUUUGGCUGUGAGCAGUGUGGAAGAGAUUUUCACUUUUUAUCUCAGCUGAAGGUUCACAUGAGGACACACAGUGAUGAAAAACGUUUCUACUGCACUGAAUGUGGCCAGUACUUCAGCACCAAACAAAGUCUUGCUCAUAAGAGAAUUCACACAGGAGAAAAACCUCAUCACUGUAAAGUCUGUGGGAAGAGUUUCAGUCGACGUGGAAAUUUAGUUUUACACCAGAGAACUCAUACAGGUGAAAAACCUUACAAAUGCUCUCAGUGUGAGAAGACAUUUGCUCAUUCAUCUAAUUUUAAAUCUCAUCAGAGAGUUCAUACUGGAGGGCACACCGAGAAGAAGAAGCAGCUGAGGUUUGACUGUGAGCAGUGUGGGGAGGAUUUUGGCUCCUCAUCUCAUCUGAGACUUCACAUGAAGACACACAAUGCUGAAAAACCUUUCUACUGCACUGAAUUUGGCCAUUACUUCAGAACCAAAAACAUUCUUGAUUCUCAUAAGAGAAUUCACACAGGAGAAAAACCACACGAGUGUCCUCACUGUGAGAAGAAAUUCAGCCAAAAAUCUAAUUUGAGGAAACAUGUGUUUACACACACCAAUGACAGUCCAUAUCAGUGCAGUGAAUGUGGAAAAACCUUUAGGGAUUCAAGUCAAUUAAAAUCACACAAAACACUACACACUAAAGAGAAACCCUUUCAAUGUUUACACUGUGAUAAACGUUUCAAUCGUAAAACUACUCUUACAGCCCAUCAGAUACUUCACACUGGAGAGAAACCUCAUUACUGUGAUGUCUGUGAGAUGAGUUUCAGUCGCCAUGGAAAUUUAGUGAGACACCACAGAACUCAUACAGGUGAAAAACCUUACAAAUGUGCUCAGUGUGAGGAGACGUUUUCUCAGUCAGGUUCCUUAAAAGCCCAUGAGAGACUUCAUACUGGAGAGCACAGAGAGAAGCAGCAGCAGCAGCAGCAGCUGAUGUUUCACUGUCAGCAGUGUGGGAAGGAUUUUGGCUCCUUAUCUCAUUUGAGACUUCACAUGAGGACACACAAUGCUGAAAAGCCUUUCUACUGCACUGAAUGUGGCCAUUACUUCAGAACAAAACAAACUCUUGAUGUUCAUAAGAGAAUUCACACAGGAGAAAAACCAUACAAGUGUCCUUACUGUAAGAAGAGAUUCAGCCACAAAAUUAAUUUAAGGACACAUGUGUUUACACACACCAAAGACAGUCCGUAUCAGUGCAGUGAAUGUGGAAAAACCUUUAGGAAUUCAAGUGAAUUAAAAUCACACAAAACACUACAUACUAAAGAUAAACUCUUUCAAUGUUCACACUGUGAUAAAGGUUUCAAUCGUAAAACUAAUCUUACAACCCAUCAGAGAGUUCACACUGGAGAAAAACCUCAUUACUGUGAUGUCUGUGAGAAGAGUUUCAGUCAACGUGAACAUUUAGUGAGACACCAGAGAACUCAUACAGGUGAAAGACCUUACAAAUGCUCUCACUGUGAGAAGACGUUUAUAAGGGCAUCUUCAUUAAAAGACCAUGAGACAGUUCAUACAGGAGAGAAACCUUACGUCUGCUUGAUCUGUGAGAAGAAAUUCACUCAUGCCAAAAGUCUUCAAAAUCAUCAGAAGGAACACACUGAUGAACAAAUACACUGAAAUCAUCAUAGCAUCUAAAAUUCCAGACUGACUGUGUAUAGGUCCUAAUCUGCAUGAAUGUUCAACAUUAUAACAUGCUAUGAAAACAAUAGCUUUUAUUAUUAUUGAUUUUUACAUUAACCUCGGUUAUUUGCGACAAAAAAACUAAUGUUCCCUUUCAAUACGGUUCACUUUGCAUUGCGUCAGUAGCUGACGCUAUGGGGGAAACUCCUGUUUACUCCGCAAUUGAAGCCUUUUGGUUAACAUCUGUAAAAAAUUACAGACAAAUGGCGUUUGAGCCCGCGUAAUGGGCGGGGUUUAUGCACUUUAUAAGUCCAGGUCGAACGCAGAAACUCACAAUUUUUCUCCUUCAGUGCGAACAUCUCACCCCGGAUCCAUGCCUCGGUGUCUUCCCCUGCCGCUUUCCCGAUCUAAAACAGCUGAGUUUCCUAGAGCAAAUUUCCUCUAAAAGAGCAGAAGCGCGUUGUUAUAAUGUCGAUUCGGCAUUGUGGCUCCUGCAGAGCUCCUUUGCCAAUGGAGUAUAUCCACUCUGUGUGCAUCACCUGCCUGGGUUCCACCCACGCUGAGACAGCGGUCAUCGAGGCAGACUGCCCCCACUGCACUGCGAGCGUUUCCCUCUCGCUGUGCUGCGCGCUCACGUCACAGCCUUUAGAGGCAGCGCUUCCCGUGCUCUCCCGCAUAAAAAGUAGUGGAGCUGUGAACCUGAAAGAUGUCUGGAUGACGAGCUCAUGCCGGCUCAGUGUGCUCCCUCUCCUCGCUGUCAACCUGUUACAUUCACCCACGAGGACCAGCGGUAUGGUCUUGUCCGGAAAUUUGACAACAUGGUGGAGCUCACAGCUUCCGCCUCCAAGCUUGAGAAGGCGCCGGCUGUGUUCAGGCUCCGGCUCAUCAGUAGCGGAGCUGGAGCCUGAACACAGCCGGCUUGUCAGAGACAAGCUCCGUUCUUCCCGGUGGUCCAAAGAAAGACGGCAGCCUCAGACCAAUAUUAGACCUACGCAUUGUGAACCACGCUCUCGUCAGACGGCCUUUUCAAAAUGUUAACAACCAAACGAAUUAUGGCAUUAAUUCAGCCAGGCGACUGGUUUAUAUCAGUGGAUCUAAAAGAUGCUUAUUUUCAUAUCCCAAUAGCCCCUCGCCACAGAUGGCUCCUGAGAUUCGCAUUCGACAGGACAGCAUACCAAAACAAAGUUCCUUCGGAUUAUCUUUGGCACCACACACAUUCUCUCACACACACACCAAAUGUGUGGAUGCUGCUCUCGCUCUGCUGAGACAGCGCAGCAUCCGCAUAUUGAAUUACCUUGACGAUUGGCUCAUCUUAGCCCAGUCAGAGAGGGAAAUCCUUGUUCACAGAUCUGUCAUACUCCAGCAUUUGGAUAAUUUAGGGCUCAAAAUCGACUCUAUCAGAGCUUGAGCGUGUCUGACACUGGAGCGCGCAUUUGCGGUCAGACGAGCGGCGAUAUCGUUCAGAGCAGGCGCACGCUUCCCCCUCAAAUGAUUUGAAACAAAGCUGGGUCUCAUGACAGACGCUUAAAGUCUACGUUGCGGCGAUUGCAGCGAAACACGCUUCUAUAGCCGGUCAUUUUUUAAGGAAUUUAAUGACAAGAUCAUGCUUUCCAAUAGAGGUGCGCGUAGACUCUACCUACCGUGACCGUGCACUGUUCCAUCAUGGGAUCUGUCCACGGUCUUGAAAGUGCUAUCCAGUCCUCCCUUCGCGACCCUUCUCCUUGUGUUGGCAUCGAUCAAACGAGUGGGCGAUUUACAUGCGUUUUCAAUUGACCCCUCAUGUCUAGAUGUUGGUCCCAACGAUAGCAAAGCGAUCCUCAGAUCGAGGGCGGGAUACGUUCCUAAAGUUUUGUCUACGCUGUUUCAAGUUCAAGUGGUCCCUCUGCUCCCCCUCCCCCCGACGGAUGGCGAACAUUCACCAAACCCGCUCUCCCCGUCAGAGCUUUGAGAAUUUACACAAACCGCUCUGCCGCAUAUUGAAAGUCAGAUAAGCUGAUCGUAAGAUCCGCUGAUUAUUCAUUGGGUAUGCCCAGCCUCUGCUUAGUGAUAUCUAAAUGAAUGAAUGAAUGAAUGAAGCUUUAUUUGUCACAUGGUCACAAGAACCAGUGAAAUGAAACCAUCAACCUGUCCAUACAUACAAUACAUAAAAACAAGGGGGUAGACAGAACAGGUCGACAGAGCAUUGAGAAGAAGUAUAGCAUUACAUGAGGGAGGGGAGGAGAAAAAAAAACAAACCCCCAGACUAUGCUCCAAAGAGAGUACAGUUUGGGAACAGGAAAAAACACCUCAGCAACAUUAGCACAUUCUCAUUACGCCUUACAACAUGAACAACACACGACUUGCAACACGAUAGGGGGAAUGGGGGUUCGAGCCUGCCCAGCGCAGGCAUCCGGUCCUGCAGCCAUAUUCGAGGGAUUUGGGUACUGGGUGGUGAUUGCAUAUAUAUAUAUAUAUAUGUAUGUAUGUGUGUGUAAGAGUUCAUGUGUGUGUAGGCCUUGAGAGAGUCGCUUCGCCUGGCAUCCAAAUUCUCGGUGCCUCAGUCCGCAGGAUGUUAAACCGUUAACAUAGCAAAUUGCCAUGGAGACAACCUUGAUUAGGUCCAAACAGAGUCAACAAUCAUCAGGUGUCUGUGGGAGAGGUGUUAGGGAAUGCAAGAGCGUCUCGCUUCAGUGCUCUUCCGAGGGAGAUGUUCCAGCAGCGGCCUUGGCCGAGACCAGUGCUGGAUAGAGGGUCCGAAAGCAGAUAAGAUCGGAAUUAUUUGGUCUUGGGGCGAGUAGCCACAUUCCUUUACACAACUACUCUCUUAGUCCAUUCUGGUCCAUCAGCUUUUUCAAAUCCGUGAGCAUCUCCUUGAUGUUAUCCAUAUUGCGGGUCAUUUCCAAGUUGUUAUCCAAAAUGUGGUUAAUAGUCCCAGCCUGAGUGCUGACCGCUCUGCCCACUGCUUCAAUCAUCCCGGGCAGCUUUUUUGGGCUUUUGGCAGCUGUCACCGUCUUCUUAAUUUCUCGAUAAACCAGGGCAAAGCCUAAUCCAGUCAGCAAACCCCAUGUUAUCAUGAUUCCGAAUAGAUAGAUAUCUUCAAUGUCCUCCAUGGAAAGAGCCGGCAGACACAUGACCCGCCACCUCUCCCAUGCAUUCAUCGUGUAGCCAGCUGCGAACGUUCCGGCAGGGCAGACAGGUUCCCCCGUACCCAAGCUUCUUCGAGAAGAUGGUGUCAAUUGCGUUGAGAGACCAGAUGAUCAAAUCCAUGAUUUUUAGUUUCGAGAGCAGUGCGGAGAGAGUCUCUCAAGUUAAGACACAAGACUAUACAACACGAGAGGAGCAAAGCAAGGAAGGUUACGGGGAGGAGAGGAGAUAAAAUGCGACCGCCUUCGCUGAGGGCCAAACGAGAAUGCCGGAGGUUAGGUUAGGGUUAGGGUCGUCAAAUGGAUUGUCAAAGCCAUCGCAUUGGCUAACACCUCACUUAACAAGCAGUGCCCGCUCGGCAAGAAGGCUCACUCUACGCGUGGAAUGGCUUCAUGGUGGGCAAAGUCUAUUUAUAUUUUAGACAUUUGGGACACGUCCGGCUGGUCCUUGCCAUCCAUAUUUGUCAGAUUUAACAACUUGGACGUCCCGGCCUUGCAAUCGCAGGUUCUGUCAGCCUGAUCACAUAUGUAUGCAUUCACGGUGUGCUCGGAUAACCCCUUAACUAAUAACUCAUGGUUACAUGGAUGCUCCGAAUCAUUUUGACAGAUACAAUUUAACAAAAUAUUAAAUAUAACUAUGUAUUUUAAUAACAUAUUCAGCAAUAUAAGUGAUUAAACCAAAUAGUUUGUUUGUGACAUUUGAAACCGAAUGUAAACGCGUUUUUCUCAUGGAAGGUCUGCAUUUAUUAAAAAUUAGCAAAUCAAUAUAAAAUGUUCCUUUCCAGACUUAUGAGGUAAAUAGCCGUGUAAUAAGCAGUAUAAAAAUAUUUCCCUUACAUAUUAUAUGCAUUUUAUUCUAUCUAGUUAUUAUAUUUUAAAAAAAAAUUCUUAAUAUUAUUGAAAUCUUAUGUUGCCGCUGUAUUGUCUUUAAACGCUGAUUUGAGCCUUCGAUGGACUAGAUUGCAAAGUUUUUAUUAAAAUCAUGAUGUUGUUGUAAAACAGUAAAUGUCUACUCUCUGUUUUUGAUAUAAUAACACCUCGUAAAUCUGCUUCUAGUCAGACAAAGUUAGUCAGAGCAUCGAGAAU